AUGGCAUCGGUAGCAAUCAUUGGCACCUGCGAUACCAAGCUCAAGGAGCUUCUCUUUCUGCGCGAUAGAAUCAAGGAGACCCCGGGCGUUGAAACGAUCCUCAUCGACGUCGGUCGAAACUCGUGUGCCGACGAUGCCAUCACCAUCUCCCAGGCCGAGCUGUUGUCCAAGUAUGGUAACAAUGGCAACAACACAGAGGCUUUGGGCUCAACUAGGGGCGACUUCAUCUCACUCAUGUCCGGCUGCGCCUCUCGAGCUGUCAAGGACCUGUACUGCAAGGGCCUGAUCCAGGGUUGCAUCUCAGCCGCUGGUUCAAAUGGAACCGCGCUUUCGGCUGCCGUCAUGCGCAAUGUCCUGCCCGUCGGAUUCCCAAAGCUCAUCGUGUCGACCAUGGCGAGCGGUGAUACGAGGCCCGUGGUCGGCGAGACUGAUAUUUUCUUGCUGCACUCCGUUGUCGACGUUGCCGGCCUCAAUCCCAUCUUGCGAGACGUUCUUCGUAACGCGGGAGCUGCCAUCGCAAACGCCGCCCUGUCAUACGCUUCCAGACAAGAGCGCAAGGCAAACGGCGCAGCGACAGAGUCAAUGAAGAAGUGGCGGGUGUGCAUCACUAUGUUUGGCGUGACCACGCCUAGCGUCGAUGCUAUUCGCUCCCAUCUCGAGUCCAAGUACCCUGUCGAGACAUAUGUUUUCCAUGCCGUUGGGACUGGAGGACGGGCAAUGGAGCGGCUGAUCCGCGAAGGCCAGCUGGAUGCAGUCAUUGAUCUCACGACGACGGAGAUAUGUGACUACUUGUUUGAUGGGGUUCUCUCUGCUGGCGAGGGACGACUGGAUGCUGCCGUUGAGGCGGGAUUGCCAAACAUUGUCUCUCUGGGCGCGCUCGACAUGAUCAACUUUGGGCCGAGGAGCACGCUGCCUGAGAAGCACAAGGGACGAGUCAUAUACGAGCACAAUCCAAAUGUCACAUUGCUGAGGACCUCGCCGGACGAGUGUCGCGAGAUUGGAGAGUUUAUCGCCAAGAAGCUCAGGAAGACCAAGAGACCGGACUUGGUUCAGGUCUGGAUCCCAAAGGGAGGCGUCAGCAUGAUUGCGGUCCCUGGCGGUCCGUUUGAGGACAAAGAGGCAGACAGGGCGCUGUUUGAGGCUGUCAGAAAAGGGCUGAGCGGGAGUGGCAUUGAGAUUGUCGAGGAUGAGAGACAUGUGAAUGACGAAGGGUUUGCGAGGGACAUUGCAGAAGCACUGGUUGCAAAGCUGGGAGUGCAGAAGAGUUGA